AACACUGCCUGUCAUUACUUAAUUCUUAAUUAACUAACCCUAACCCUAACCCUUACAAGCUCUCAGGAAAGAUGCUCAUGGUGAGACGGCCACUUAAAAACAUUAGACGGUUAUCUAAGCCAAGGCCUGUUUCUAAGCUAUGAUUUCAUUAUGAUCAGAAUACGGGUGAGGAGACAUGCGUGCGUUUUUUAAAAUCGGUACGUAUUUUCCUUUCCCUUGCCCGUUUAUGUCAUUUAGUGUAAUGUUGCCUGUGGUAUUUAGAAAGAUUAAGAGAUGCACUUGAGAUGCAAGCAGCUGUGUGCCCGACAGUGACCACCAUGUAAGAGACAGCUUAAUGUCACCGGCAGCUAGUUGAAGGACCUGUCAGAGACACAUUGGACAGCGCACGCCAUCAGAUAAACAGUGAACCCUAGAAGAAGAAAAAAUCUGAUAGAUUUUGCAUUUUGCUGUAGACUUUUUUUUAUUUUUUUUAUUUUUUAGAAUUGUUGUGUUUUACACUCGGGUAAUACUGACAGUAUGUGAAAUUUUUGAAGCGGAAUGGGUGUGUGUGUAUGGAGUGGAGGGGGGCGAUGUUUCUCGCAAAGCUUUAAUGAUGCGUGACUGUGUCAAAACAAUCAAGAGCGGUUAUCAGAUUCCUGACGACACCAAUGACAUCCAUGGCCGGGAGUGUGCGAGCACAUAAUAAGCACUGCUCUCUGGGUAAAUAGGAUGGUACGGGUGUGGUCCCUUGUGGAUUAGAGAGAGAGAGAGAGAGAGAGACUAGACAUCAUGACCAGCUGUGAGAUCGUGUAUGCAGACGCCGGCAGUUAAUACUCUCCUUUAAGCGAGUUCAGCUGUCCUCUGAUGUAUGUUGGCUGACAGGGGAGACUCAGCUACAUGGGAAUUGGCUAGACAUAAUGUACGAUUUGUGACGAACGAUUCUGAGCAAAGGUCGCUGCUGUGGGUUCUGGCACACUACAGUAAUGGAGCAGCACAGCCAGAGGAAUCCUGAUGUCCAGUCAUCUUCAGGAGAACUGAAAGCAUCUACAAAGGACUCUACUCUUGUUCCAGUCUCAGAGAGCUGUUCCGCUUCACCAAGCACACCAGCUGUAGCUCUGACUAGGCCAAAGAGGCCCCAGAGAACCCCCCGGAUAGAAGGAUCCACUGACAUAUCAAAUCCUGAGGUCCCAGACUGUCCUGAAUUGAACCAGGACAAAGACGACCCUUCUGCUUCCAACAAGGCCAGCCAACGGUCAGGUCCAGCCCAGCAGCUCCAUGAUGACAAACCCUGUAGACCAUCCACUCUGGCUGGACAUACUGCUUCAGCGAGGAGCCACAUCUCCAUGAGAGCAGCCUCGCUUCCUCAGGCACCAUCCUACAACCCGUCACUCACAGAUCCCUCCGUUCACCCUCAGAGGGCGCUCUCUGUAGCCGGAACAGCGGAUACAAAACCUCAGUCUGACGAGGAUUUCAGAGUGCACAUAAUCACAUGGAACGUGGGCUCAGCCAUGCCCCCAGAUGACAUCACUUCCUUGUUGGGGCUGAACGUAGGCGAUGGAAAUACAGACAUGUAUAUUGUAGGAUUACAGGAAGUGAACUCCAUGAUCAAUAAACGCCUGAAGGAUGCCCUUUUCACCGACCAGUGGAGCGAAGUCUGCAUGGACACACUCAGCCGCUUUGGCUACGUGUUGGUGACAUCACAGAGAAUGCAGGGUGUAUUGCUGCUGGUGUUUGCGAAGUACUACCACCUGCCUUUUAUCAGAGGCAUACAGACUGAAAACACACGCACUGGGCUGGGGGGAAUCUGGGGAAACAAGGGCGGAGUGAGCGCUCGGAUGUGUGUGUUCGGCCACGCGAUAUGCUUCCUGAACUGCCACCUGCCGGCACACAUGGAGAACACGGAGAAGCGCAUGGAGGAUUUUGAGAGCAUUCUGCAGCAGCAACAGUUUGAAGGUCAAGCCGCCAUGGGAGUCCUGGAUCAUGAUGUUGUUUUCUGGUUUGGGGAUCUGAACUUCCGUAUUGAAGACUUGGAGAUGCAUGCGGUUAAGGCAGCUAUUGAUAAUAACAAACUUUCCAUGCUGUGGGAAAAAGACCAGUUGAACAUGGCCAAAGACACUGAGACUGUACUGGAAGGCUUCCAGGAAGGACCUCUGAAAUUCCCUCCUACAUACAAGUUCGAUGUGGGAACUAACACCUAUGAUACCAGUGGGAAAAAGCGUAAGCCAGCAUGGACCGAUCGCAUUCUGUGGCGGAUGAGGCCAAUGGCUCUAGCUAGCAAUGUGUCCAAGCGCAGCUCGGUGUCAGGCCUCACCACCGGCACUCGAGUUACACAGCACUUCUACCGCAGUCACAUGGAGUACACUGUCAGUGACCACAAGCCCGUCUCCUCCAUCUUCACCCUGCAGGUAAAGCCAUGGCUGAGGUCGAUAGGGAAAGCUGGGGUUGUUUCUAUCAGAACUGUGUAUCACUGUAAUAUACACUGGUCUCCACAGUUCCCAUAUAAGGUGGACAUCCCUUUGGUAACACUCAUUGUAGAGGAUGAAUGGAGGGACGUGACUGAUGCCAUGGCCAAAUUUAAGGUGGUGCACGGUUACUCCAGAAGUUCCUGGGACUGGAUUGGACUUUACAAGGUUGGAUUUAAACAUCAUAAAGACUAUGUGAGUUACACUUGGGCUAAACAGGAGGAAUCAGAUUACCUGAGACAGGAGCACCAUGUCACCUUUGCAGAGGAGGAGUUACCAAAGGAGUCUGGUGACUACAUUUUGGGUUACUUUAGCAACAAUAUGAACUCUAUUGUGGGUGUUACUGAGCCAUUCCAGAUCCAGUUGCCCUCGUCCAGCGCGGCUGGUCUCAGUCCCUCCGACAGCUCAGAUUUUACCUCUGAGGAUGAGGUCAAGAAGGGCAGCAGCAGCAGUAGCCGCAGCGCCACGCCCACCGAGCAAGAGGGAACCACCCACAGACCCCUUUCAGGACACGACUCAUCCCAUUCCGCUUCCAGCUCAAAGGCUGGCAGCCCCGUUAAAACGACUGACUCCACAGAUGAUCGAGACUCAAACUCAGGGAAAAACCGCGGAAAGCCACAGGUGCCCUAAACGAGCACAAUGAGACGCUGGAGCGGGCAUGAGGAUGUAGCGCAGGAGCUUAAGGAUUCUCACUUGUGCUUUUGCUGUAUCGUGACGUUGUUUGUUACUUGGAGUCUUACAUGUGGAAGGACAGAGUUACGGCGGUGGACUGAAUUAAAGUCUUUGUCUUUUUUUCCGCAGUUCAUGUCAUACGUCAUUCUCCAACCUUCCUUUCCCCCUAUUUUAAUCAGCUACAAACAGAAUGGUUCAAUUCUGGGAUUUUAAGAAAGAGCAAAGCACAAUAGUUCAAUUAAAAUAUUUUUUAAAUAAUACAUAAUGAGGAUUUAGCCUUUGGUGUUUUCCAAUGUAUAUAAUGCCUUUUAAACUCAAUCAGGACACUCUGCAGUGGUGUUUGUUGAGGGCAUCGCAGGUCUUUCCUAAAUCUCUGUGAAACUGCCAGGUUUUCAGGUUUCUUUUGCUGAUUAAAAUGCCUUUGCUGACCGCCGCACUAACGAUAAGAGUGAUUUGGUGGUAGCACACGUCAGCCGGUUCUAUUUUCUCUCAUUAAUCUGCCAGGACUCAUCCGGGGCAUUCGUUUCUUGUCUUGACGAGAAGUUAGACGUUUACUAUCAGUGUAGGGACCUGCGCUUUCAUCCGCUAAGCUCCAUACGCUGUAUGUCAGGAGAGGCCGAUCCAUUGUAGCAGCCGUGUAUUGCUAGCAGAACAUGAUUAAAUGUUAAGUGUUACACAGGUCCGUCUGCACACCCGUCGACUCUCCCACGUGAAUUUCACAUCGCCGGAAUCAUAU